AUGAGGGAAUUUUUAGACACCAACUUAUACUUGCUCAUGUUGUUGUAUUCACACUUUUUCUCUGCUGUGUCCUCCACUCUUAGUUCCUCCUCCUCCUCCUGCCAGUUACAGGGGCAGUUUCAUCUAAAUGGGAUGCAUAAGGCUGGAGAUGUGGUUCUAGGUGGGCUGUUUCAGAUCCACUUCUUUUCUACUUAUCCUGACCUGUCUUUUACCGCAGAGCCACAGCAGCCUACCUGCCAUGGAUUUGAUGUUCUAGGAUUCAGACAGGUCCAGACCAUGGCCUUUGCUAUUGAUGAGAUCAACAGAAACUCCAACCUGCUACCUAAUGUGACUCUGGGAUACAGUCUGUAUGAUAACUGCCUCCAAUUAGGAAUUGGUUUCCGUGCAGCGUUGUCCUUAGCCAGUGGUCAAGAGGAGCAUGUUACAUUAGAUGAGACCUGUGUAGGUACCCCUCCAGUCCUGGGGAUUGUGGGUGAUUCUUCUUCUACACGUUGUAUUGCCAUAUCCACUGUCUAUGGUUUGUACAGAGUGCCUAUGGUGAGUUAUUUUGCCACAUGUGCCUGCCUGAGUGACCGGCAAAGGUUCCCAUCCUUCUUUAGGACGAUCCCAAGUGAUGCUUUCCAGGUGAGCGCCAUGAUUCAGAUUCUGAAACGUUUUGGCUGGACUUGGGCAGGUCUGCUGAUCAGUGAUGAUGAUUAUGGACUCCAUGCUGCCCGAUCCUUCCAGUCUGACCUGGGUCCAUCUGGUGGAGGUUGUCUGGCCUACACAGAGAUUUUGCCCUGGGGUGACAACCCAGCUGAGCUAAGGAGAAUUGUGAAUGUGAUGAAGAAAUCCACAGCUCGCGUGGUCAUUGUUUUUGCACAUGAGAGUCACAUGAUUAAUCUCAUGGAUGAGGUGGUAAGGCAGAAUGUGACAGGCCUGCAGUGGAUUGCCAGUGAAGCCUGGACAUCAGCUGCUGUGCUUCAAACCCCCGACCUCAUGCCGUACCUGGGUGGCACACUGGGCAUUGCCAUCCGUCGAGGAGAAAUACCAGGGCUCAGAGAAUUCCUGUUACAAACACGUCCAGACCUACACCACAACAGCAGCUAUGGAAAUAACGUGAUAAAUCAGUUUUGGGAACACAUAUUUCAGUGUAGAUUUGCACCACCUCCAGCUGGUUGGGUGGAGGCUGGGGGAGCAUUAUGUACUGGACAGGAAGAUCUACAUAAUGUGGAGACUGAGUUCUUGGACAUCUCAAACCUCAGGCCAGAGUAUAAUGUGUAUAAAGCUGUGUAUGCUCUGGCAUAUGCCCUUGAUGACAUGCUGCAGUGCGAGCCAGGUAGAGGGCCUUUCAGCGGGCACAGCUGUGGUACUUUGCAAAGACUGGAGCCCUGGCAGCUUGUGUAUUACCUGGAAAGAGUCAAUUUCACCACAUCAUUUGGUGAUCAAGUGUCAUUUGAUGAGAAUGGUGAUGCCUUACCAAUCUAUGAUAUCAUGAACUGGCUGUGGCUCCCUGAUGGAACAAUUAAAGUUCAGACUGUGGGUGAAGUUAAGAGGUCGAUCUUCAAAGGUGAUGAACUCACACUUGAUGAAGACAAAAUCUUCUGGAACUUCGAAACCAAAGAGCCACCCCGGUCAGUGUGCAGUGAGAGCUGUCCUCCAGGUACCCGCAUGGCCAGAAAGAAGGGGGAACCUGAGUGCUGUUUUGACUGCAUCCCUUGUUCUGAGGGAAAGAUCAGCAAUAGAACUGACUCAACUGAGUGCACCAGUUGUUCAGAGGAUUUCUGGUCCAGUCCCCAGCGUGACCACUGUGUUCCUAAGACAACAGAGUUCCUCUCCUACCAUGAGCCUCUGGGUAUCUGCUUGGCAGCCACAUCACUGCUGGGAACAUUUAUCUGUGUUGUUGUCUUGGGCAUCUUCAUCUAUCAUCGCAGAACACCUAUAGUGAGUUAUUUUGCCACAUGUGCCUGCCUGAGUGACCGGCAAAGGUUCCCAUCCUUCUUUAGGACGAUCCCAAGUGAUGCUUUCCAGGUGGUGAGGCAGAAUGUGACAGGCCUGCAGUGGAUUGCCAGUGAAGCCUGGACAUCAGUUGCUGUGCUUCAAACCCCCGACCUCAUGCCGUACCUGGGUGGCACACUGGGCAUUACCAUCCGUCGGGGUGAAAUACCAGGGCUCAGAGAAUUCCUGUUACAAACACGUCCUGACCUACACCACAACAGCAGCUAUGGAAAUAGCAUGGCAAAUCAAUUUUGGGAAUACAUAUUUCAGUGUAGAUUUGCACCACCUCCAGCUGGUUGGGUGGAGGCUGGGGGAGCAUUAUGCACUGGACAGGAAGAUCUACAUAAUGUGGAGACUGAGUUCUUGGACAUUUCAAACCUCAGGCCAGAGUAUAAUGUGUAUAAGGCUGUGUAUGCUCUGGCAUAUGCCCUUGAUGACAUGCUGCAGUGCGAGCCAGGUAGAGGGCCUUUCAGCGGGCACAGCUGUGGUACUUUGCAAAGACUGGAGCCCUGGCAGCUUGUGUAUUACCUGGAAAGAGUCAAUUUCACCACAUCAUUUGGUGAUCAAGUGUCAUUUGAUGAGAAUGGUGAUGCCUUACCAAUCUAUGAUAUCAUGAACUGGCUGUGGCUCCCUGAUGGAACAAUUAAAGUUCAGACUGUGGGUGAAGUUAAGAGGUCGAUCUUCAAAGGUGAUGAACUCACACUUGAUGAAGACAAAAUCUUCUGGAACUUCGAAACCAAAGAGCCGCCCCGGUCAGUGUGCAGUGAGAGCUGUCCUCCAGGUACCCGCAUGGCCAGAAAGAAGGGGGAACCUGAGUGCUGUUUUGACUGCAUCCCUUGUUCUGAGGGAAAGAUCAGCAAUAGAACUGACUCAACUGAGUGCACCAGUUGUCCAGAGGAUUUCUGGUCCAGUCCCCAGCGUGACCACUGUGUUCCUAAGACAACAGAGUUCCUCUCCUACCAUGAGCCUCUGGGUAUCUGCUUGACAGUCACAUCACUGCUGGGAACAUUUAUCUGUAUUGUUGUUUUGGGCAUCUUCAUCUAUCAUCGCACAACACCUAUAGUACGAGCCAACAAUUCUGAACUUAGUUUCCAGCUGUUGUUGUCACUGAAGUUAUGUUUCCUCUGCUCGCUGCUGUUCAUUGGUCGUCCCAGACUGUGGACAUGUCAGCUGAGACAUGCAGCAUUUGGGAUCAGCUUUGUCCUUUGUGUCUCAUGUAUCCUGGUUAAAACCAUGGUGGUUCUGGCUGUGUUCAAGGCCUCCAAGCCAGGAGGUGAAGCCAGUCUGAAGUGGUUUGGUGCUGUGCAGCAGAGAGGGACAGUUCUGGUUCUCACUUCUGUCCAAGCAGCAAUCUGCACUGCCUGGCUUGUCUCUGCUUCACCAGCACCUCAUAAAAACACAGAUUACCACAGUGACAAGAUAGUGUAUGAGUGUGUAGUUGGCUCCACAGUUGGUUUUGCAGUGUUACUGGGCUAUAUUGGCUUUCUGGCUAUCCUCAGUUUCUUGUUAGCAUUUCUAGCAAGGAACCUUCCAGACAGUUUUAAUGAGGCCAAACUCAUAACUUUCAGCAUGCUGAUCUUCUGUGCUGUGUGGGUGGCCUUUGUCCCUGCUUAUAUCAGCUCACCAGGCAAAUAUGCAGAUGCAGUGGAGGCGUUUGCCAUCCUGGCCUCCAGUUUUGGCCUCUUGGUGGCACUGUUUGGACCCAAGUGUUACAUAAUCCUGCUGAGACCAGAGAGGAACACAAAGAAAGCCAUCAUGGGUCGAGGCAUCGAGUCAUAA